GUUAUGGUAGAAAAGAAUACAAAACAAAACCUUCUCCACUCCAAUAUGAUCAAAGAAAUCUCCUGUGUAUGGGUGUGUAGUGUGGUCUUGUUUUGUUUUGUUUUUCCUAAUACUUUUAUGGAGGUGGGGAAGCAGCAGUAUUUUUUCUAUUACUUUUAUGGAUUGUUAGUGAGAGCACAUUUUACAUCUUGGAUACAUCUGGCAUUUACUCUGGUAUAAAGACUUGUGUUUUAAAUCCAACCUUACUUUUCCUUAAUGCUUCAUAGUUGUCCUUAUACCAUCUUUUUCCCACUGAUUUGAAAUGCUACCUUUAUCAGAUACUAAACACUUAUUUAGGUUUAUUUUUAGGCUUUGUGUCCUAGACUUACACCAGUUUGUUAAUAUGCCGUAAUAGUACCCCACCGCCCCCCUCCCCGUGGUCACUUGUAUUUUUUUUCCUAGGCAUUUCCUAACUAGAAACAAUCAAUCUUCACUUUUCCACAUGAACUUUAAAAUCAAUUGUGUGUUGCUUAAGAAGAUUUUGUUGCUAUUGUUUACUGGAAUCAUAGUUAAAUAUUGAUCUAGACAGAACUGACAUCAUUCUGAUACCGAAUCUUUCCACUCAUGCAAAUAGUGCAUCCAAGAAUCUUUCCAUAAGUUUAGUUCAUCUUUUGCUUUUUUUCAUUUUCCAGCUGCAGUAGGAAAUAAUGAUAGUGAUGGGUUACAUCCUUGUCUGAUUCUUUAUUCUUCUUGCCAACUAUUCCAAGACUUACAUACAACACCCAGUGCUCAUUACAACUGUCCUCCUUUACCCCACCCCCCCAUCCACCUCCCCCAUCAACUCUCAGUUUGUUCUCUGUAGUUAAGAGCCUCUUGUUGUUUCCCUCUCAAAAAGCUUUUGAACACUAUUUUUAGAGCACUGAAUCAUAUUUUUUAAAGAGACUCAGUUGGAAAGAACCUCUUUCCAACAGAAAGAUUGGUUAACAACAGAAGAGUUAAGAUCAUAGUUCAGUGGAAUAUCACAAAGAGUUGUUACAUGGAAAAUUGUAUGGUAUAAUAUUUGUAAAAACACUAUAUAAAAAUUGCAUCUAUAGUGCUAUUACAACCAUCUGAAAAAGAUCUGCAAAUUGGCAAUAGAAAAGGAAGUUAGACAUUAAUAGUGGUUGUCACUAGGUAGCAGGAUUAAAAGUAGUUAGUUUUCCUAAUUUUUCUUUCUUUUCCAAAUUAUAGUGAGCUCGGUACAUAUGUUAAAAUGGGAGGGGAACUUUUAUUUUAAUAAUUUGUGACCCAAUUCAAUGACUAAAAAUGGAGUUGGAAGUAAGCCCCUGUGGGCAUAGCUUAACAUUAAUCUGUACUUGAACUACUUCAAAGGAGACAGAUGAGCUGGAAAGCAAGAGCAACCUCAGGAGGUCAUAGCUGUACCUAUUGGGUUCUUAGAGCCGUGUUGUCAAAUAGAAUGUAAUGUGAGUCUUGUGACUUCCAAUUUUUUGGUAUACACAUUUAAAAUAAAAAGAAACAGGUGGAAUUCAUUUUAAUUAUAUAUUUAUUUUACUUAACCCAAAUAAAACCAAAAUAUUAUUUCAGCAUCUAAUUAACAUUAAAAAUAUCAUUUUGCAUUCUCUUUUUCUACUAAAUCUUAGAUAUCAGAUGUGGAUUUUAUAUUUACAGCACAUCUUAAUUUAGAUUAGCCACAUUUCAUGUGCUUAAUAGUCAUAUAUAAAUGAUGGCUUCCAUAUUGAUCAGUGCAGAUCUACACACUCUGCUCUGAUUUGUAGAUAUCCAUAAAACACAGGUACUGGAAAAGGGUAGUGUGUGUGUGUAGACACAGGCCAAACAAAAGGUGUCUAAAGUGUGACAAAGCUCAUGGAGGAAAAACCAUUAGUUAAAGUAAAAAUCACCUUAAGAUGAUUUAUGUGGCUUCCCAAUGAUCCCCUCCACCCCCCACCUCCACCCCCCACUACCUUUCAUUGAGCAAAACCUCCCAACCUGGACAUAAACAUUAGGCACCUUGCUGCCUAAAGAGAAAAAUCCAGUGUUCCCUGCCAUGGGUGGCAGGCUAACUAACACCAAUAACCUUUAAUCUGGUUAUGUGAAUUCUUCUGGCGGCACUGCCUGCAGCAACUUCUACAGCAAUGCUGUCCAAUACAGAGGACAUUAGCUACGUGUGGCUAUUGAAAUUAAAUGUGAUUAAAAAUUCAGAUCUUCAACGGCACUAGUCACAUUUCAAAUGCUCUGUAUGUUGGCGAGGCUAUACCGGUUGGGGUAGAUGUAGGGGAAUCAACUCUCAAUUCUUAACUCCAGCAAGUGCUUUUCCCUAAACCUGUGCUGCGCUCAGAAGGGCCUGGGGCCCUGCUCCUUCCUAUGGUCUCCCUUCUUCUCUAACAGAACACACCUCACACUGGCCCAGACUCACUCUGAGUUGCGCCUUCUUGCAUGGAGCCGAAGCAGAUCAAGAACCCAUCGCUACAAGGAAGCACCUUCUAUUCCCUCCAUUUACCUUGCACCUACAUCUAUAAAGAAUAAAAACUGGACACAGAAUUGAUGCUGAAUACCGGCUCACUACAGCGAUAAGUGAAAUUCAUCCAAGUACUUUGCAUAACUUGAACUGUUUUCAAAAAUCGAUCUUAUUAAAAGUUUGCUUCCAAAACAUUUUAUCUUUAGUCUAAGAACUGAUCAUUGAAAUUUAGCAAUACAUAUAAUUUUGCUGAUAAUCCAGAAAACAAUUAACACUUGAGUGAGAAAAAUACGUAAACUUCUGAUUCCGUUACGAAGAUGGAUGCUAGAGAAAACAAUACAAUUUAAAGCAUUUAACUUUUUUACAUUAGGCUAACAGUGAGAAUGAAAAUAUUUCAGGUGAGAAUAAAAAUCUCAUGAGGGACAUAAAAUAUAGGUUCAAGGAAAAAUCUGAAAUGAUGUAAAUUUUCCGUUAAAAGCGAAUGAUAUUAAAUUGUGGAUUCAGAGUGCAUUGUAUUCGUCUAAAAUAAGAGGUUUUGUUUUUUUUAAAUGUCAGCACAGUGUGCCAAAAAUUUUUCUUUGCAAUUACGUAAACCUAAGAUGAAAAAUAUGCAGAUGUUACUUAAAAAAAAAAAAAAAAAAGGAUCUCUUUCAAAAGUCCUUCCAGGCCGGGGUUCCAGCCCGGUCCUGGGGCGCUUCCGCCGCGCCCAGCGUUCCCACAGCCCAGGCGCUUCGCAGGACGCUCUUCCGGGCCGCCGCGUCUGCCCCCGGCCUACCUCUCGGAGGGGACGGACGGAGCCCACCGACUCGACGCUCAGCUCCGCCUCCUCCCGGGGGCGGCCCCGCGCCUCACUCUGUAAAGUGUUCCGUGUUCAGGUAGAGUCGUUAGGUGUUUAUUCUACCUAGCCCCUCAUUUGCCUUACUGUCAUCCCCACCCUGGAAUAUGAAGUCCACAAAACCUGGAAGCGUCUCCUCCUGUCUCCCGGAUGCGGCCCCAAACGGACUACAAAGCAGUACAGAAACUAGCUUCGCCCCGCGCCCACGCCCACGCCCUCCGAACGCACCACGGGUCACGUGCCCGAACGGAGAAAUAUCAUCGAGUCCGUCCUCCAGCCUCCCAGAGAGGACUCGGAAGUGCCCUAGAGCCAGCGCGGGCCCUUCCGGCCGGGCCGUCCGCGCUUUUGUCCCGCCGGCGGCCGGGCUCCCGCGGAGCCGCCACACAGCUAGUACUGUCACAUUUGAAGACGAGGGGCACUGAGAAUGAGGAAUCAACUGAAAAGUAUGAAAAUGAUGGAAAUGCAGAAUCUGUGUGGCCAAAAGUGGAAGGUUUUCACAAGGAUCAUAUACAGGAAUCUAAGGUUGGUGAAACUUGUGAUUGGGAUAGCAAGGUAGAAAGUCAAUUGGACAAUCCGGAGGGAAAAAGGAGGAUGGAAGACAAAAGUGGCACCAGGGAAAAGAUUGGCAAAGCCAAGAACACAGCAAAUAUAAAGAUGGAACAGGAAGAUGAGGCAUCUGAGAAAAGCUUGUAUCCAAGCUCAAAACAUAUUACACACCAGACUGUCCCUAUAGAACAGAUAAGCAGUGAACAAGACAAAUGUGUGGAGAACCUUAAUGGAAACUCUCAUCCUGGUCUCCAGCAGAAAACCAGUGCUGCUAAGAAAUCACACAGAUGUGAGGAGUGUGGGAAAUCGUUCAAAUACAAUUCGCGCCUUGUUCAACAUAAAAUUAUGCAUACUGGGGAAAAACGCUAUGAGUGUGAUGACUGUGGAGGGGCUUUCCGGAGUAGCUCAAGCCUUCGAGUCCACAAACGGAUCCAUACUGGGGAGAAACCGUACAAGUGUGAGGAGUGUGGGAAAGCCUACAUGUCAUACUCCAGCCUUAUAAACCAUAAAAGCACCCACUCUGGGGAGAAGAACUGUAAAUGUGAUGAGUGUGGGAAAUCCUUCAAUUACAGCUCUGUGUUGGACCAGCAUAAGAGGAUCCACACAGGGGAGAAGCCCUACGAAUGUGGUGAGUGUGGGAAGGCUUUCAGGAACAGCUCUGGUCUCAGAGUCCACAAAAGGAUCCACACAGGGGAGAAGCCCUACGAAUGUGACAUCUGUGGGAAAACUUUCAGUAAUAGCUCCGGCCUUAGGGUCCACAAAAGGAUACACACAGGCGAGAAACCUUAUGAAUGCGAUGAGUGUGGGAAGGCCUUCAUUACUUGCAGAACACUUCUAAACCAUAAAAGCAUCCACUUUGGAGAUAAACCUUAUAAAUGUGAUGAGUGUGAGAAAUCAUUUAAUUAUAGCUCUCUCCUCAUUCAGCAUAAAGUCAUCCACACUGGAGAGAAACCUUAUGAAUGUGAUGAAUGCGGGAAGGCCUUCAGGAACAGCUCAGGCCUUAUAGUGCACAAAAGGAUCCACACGGGAGAGAAACCUUACAAGUGUGAGGUCUGUGGCAAAGCGUUCAGCUAUAGCUCAGGCCUCGCAGUUCAUAAAAGCAUUCACCCUGGGAAGAAAGCUCAUGAAUGUAAGGAUUGUGGAAAAUCCUUCAGCUAUAACUCACUUCUCCUUCAGCAUAAAACCAUUCACACUGGAGAGAGACCUUAUGUUUGUGACUUGUGUGGGAAAACAUUUAGGAACAAUUCAGGCCUCAAAGUCCAUAGGAGGCUCCAUACUGGGGAAAAACCAUAUAAGUGUGAUGUUUGUGGGAAAGCCUAUAUCUCACGCUCUAGCCUUAAAAACCACAAAGGAAUCCAUCUUGGGGAGAAGCCCUAUAAAUGUAGUUAUUGUGAGAAGUCUUUCAAUUACAGCUCUGCCCUUGAACAACAUAAAAGGAUUCAUACAAGGGAAAAACCUUUUGGAUGUGAUGAGUGUGGAAAAGCCUUCAGAAAUAAUUCAGGCCUUAAAGUACAUAAACGGAUCCACACUGGGGAGAGACCUUACAAAUGUGAAGAAUGUGGGAAAGCCUACAUCUCACUCUCAAGCCUUAUAAAUCAUAAAAGUGUACACCCUGGGGAAAAGCCCUAUAAGUGUGAUGAGUGUGAAAAAGCUUUCAUCACAUACCGAACCCUUAUAAACCACAAAAAAAUCCAUCUUGGGGAGAAGCCCUACAAAUGUGAUGUAUGUGAGAAAUCUUUUAAUUACACUUCACUCCUUUCUCAACACAAAAGGGUCCACACUAGAGAGAAACCUUAUGAAUGUGACAGGUGUGAGAAGGUCUUCAGAAACAACUCAAGCCUUAAAGUGCAUAAAAGAAUCCACACGGGGGAGAAGCCCUAUGAAUGUGAUGUGUGUGGAAAAGCCUACAUCUCACACUCAAGCCUUAUUAACCAUAAAAGUACCCACCCUGGCAAGACUCCCUACACAUGUGAUGAAUGUGGAAAAGCUUUUUUCUCAAGCAGAACUCUAUUAAGCCAUAAAAGAGUCCAUCUUGGGGAGAAACCCUUCAAAUGUGUUGACUGUGGGAAGUCUUUCAAUUACAGUUCACUCCUUUCUCAACACAAGAGGAUUCACACAGGGGAAAAACCUUAUAUAUGCGAUAGGUGUGGAAAGGCAUUCAGGAACAGCUCAGGCCUGACAGUGCAUAAAAGGAUUCAUACGGGUGAGAAACCCUAUGAAUGUGAUGAGUGUGGGAAGGCAUACAUCUCACACUCAAGUCUUAUUAACCAUAAAAGUGUCCACCGUGGGCAGCAGCCCUAUAAUUGUGAGUGUGGGAAAUCCUUCAAUUACAGAUCAGUUCUUGACCAACACAAAAGGAUCCACACUGGAAAGAAGCCAUACCGAUGUAAUGAGUGUGGGAAGGCUUUUAAUAUCAGAUCAAAUCUCACCAAGCAUAAAAGAACCCAUACUGGAGAGGAAUCUUUAAAUGUGAUAAAUGUGGGAAGUCACAGUGACACAUUACAGAAGAGAACUCAUGAGGGAGGGAAUGCUCUGGAAGGGACCAAGAUGAGCAUAUCUGUAGGAGGCAGAGCUUACCAAGUCUCAACUCAAAUGGAAGAAAAACCUUAUGAAUGUAUGAAUAUCAUAUAACUAUGAGGUAUUUGUUCAUGGCUUAUAAUUUCCAUAGUAUAAAUGAAACUGAGUACUCUUCAGUAUGAUCUUCAGUCAUAGCCAGCAAGGAAGCCUGCAGUGUCAAGGUAGUUGAGCCUUUAUGGAACACAAAAUAGUUGAUACUGGGGAUAAAACCUAUCAAAGUGACAGAGUAUUUGAAAAACCUUCAAAGUAAGCAGACAUUUCUGGACAUAAAGCACAUGGAUAAGGAAAGGACUUCACUUAGAAGUCAUAUAGUCACCAUCAGAAAGUUCAUAUUUGGUUAAAUUGUGUGAAUAGAAAUGGGGGAAAUUCAGCUAUAGCUUUGAAUCCCAAUUAUACAUUGGUCAGUGGAAAAAAUACAAGAAUGGCCUCCAACAGGCAAAUUCAGGGAGAGAUAGGCUUCAGGGAAUAUAUAUUUAGGAGGAGUGAUCGUGAAGUAUAAGCUUGAUAUAACUGAAUAAUUUGUGAGGGGUGAUGACAUUUUGAAACAAAAUUGGGUUUUGUUGUAGGAAGAGUUGAAAAUGUAGACGUGAAUCUAACAGGAAAUAGAGUCAUUAAAAAUGCAAGCUGAUUGGAUUAUACUGUUGUAAUGUUGUGAUACAUCAGUUGAAUGGACAAAACUUUUUAAAAAUUUCAAAUGAGCCCCCUCAAUGAAUGAUGAAGUGUGAGGAGUGAAAACCUCACACAUUGUGCUACAAAUGAAAGGUUUUACCAUAGAGAGAAAUUCAGCACAUUACAUAACUAUUGGAACAGGUCUUCAUGAAUUUGCACCUGCACAAAAAUCAUUGACUCAGGGAUUCCUAUGAGUAGGAAUGCUGAGAAGGUCAUUGUAUUGCAAGAGCUAAAAAGCUGAGUAGCUGUUGAUAAUAGAGGGAUCAGAGGAAAUUCAUGCUUAAUAAUCCUGUUAAAUGUUUGAUUGUUUUGGAAUGUGUUAUUGUAAAGAUUUCAUGCACUACAUGUGUGUCUUGUCUGUUGUAAAAUGUUAUGAAUACUAUGUUCAGGGCUCACUCUUUCUUGGCCAUGAAGAGCCAGAUGGUUGUGGUGAGGUAAGAUGGAACUCCAAUAAAGAAAUUCCUCAAAAGUAAA